CGAAAAAAAUUAUUUUUUUGUCUAACAAAAGUGAAUCACAACGCAAGAAAACAACUGGAAUUAAUUGAUCGGUUUCUUCAAUCUCCUUCAAUAAAAAUCCAUCAAAAGAUUCAUCUUCUUUUCCAUCAACCCUUUGAUUUUCUCUUCAAAAAAUAAUUAAAGACAAGGAGCAAAAAAAAAAAAAAAAAAAGGUUCUUGUAGAAAAAGAAGUAGUAUUUUAAUUAGAGGAUAUAACAAAUGGGUUGUGGGAAAUCAAAACACGAUGUUGUUACGGGAAACUACACAAGAAAGAUCAGAAAACCUUCGGAAGUUGAAUCAGUGAAGGGAAAAGAGAGCGAGACAAUUAAAAGACAAGAAAGCUGUCGGUGCGGGAAAAAGAACGACAUCUCCGACGUAGUUUGGAGCGACCAGCCAGAGAUUACCGUAGAAAACAAUACCAAGAAGCCGGAGGAAAAGAACGAUGUAGGAGAUUAUGAUGAGAAAACGGCAGUAGAGAUGACAAAUGGUGACAAGAAACCGGAGGAAAAGGAAACAACGGCCACUUCUUCUCCCGUGAAGGCGGUGGCGACGAUAGUGCCCGAGAAUAUUGUGACCGAGGAGACAGUUAACGACGUGAAUGAGACCGUUCCACCGGUUGUCGACGAACAAAAGGAAAAUAGUGAUAUUGAAACGGUGGUAGAAGAAGAGAAAAGUGUAGAGGAUAAUAAUAUUGAUGGUGAUGUUGAUACCGAAGUUCCAUCUACUGAGGUCGAAGAACCAAAACCGGACGUAGAAGCUCCUCCAGUCACAACGGAAUCAGAAGUUUUAGAAAUUCCGACAACCGAAAAUGAAGAGACCGCAGCCGCGGAAAAUAAUGAAACCGUCGAAACAGAAAAUGAAGAAACCGCAGCCGCGGAAAAUGAUCAAACCGCAGCCGCAGAAAACGAUGAAAACGUCGAAACAGUAAAUGAUGAUGAAACUCCAGUUUUAAAGGAUGAAGAUAAAGUUGAUGUUGAAGAGGAAAAUCCAGCCGAUAUAGUAAAGGAAGUUGAGUCGUUUGAUCAUGACCCUCCACUUUGGAUGUUAAAGCAGACUACCAUUGACCAUCAAAGCUUGGUCUACCGAUCCUUUGCCAAUGCGCUGCUCAUGUUUCUGUCUCUCACUCUGGUGAGCUUCUUGGCUUUGGCUCCAUUUCAAACGUCACAAGGUCGUUCGACCGUGACUAUCCUGUCAUCCAUCGAUUUUCUCGAGGGUGUUCAAUUGAGCUACCGUGAUCUCUCAUGUCCCAUGCCGCUACCUAGUGACUGGUUCACAGUUCUCAUGGAUUCUAUCUCGAUAUCUCUUAUCUACUCUUUUAUGCCUUUCGGGUUUACCCAUCUUUGUAACCUUGUUAACCUUUUGAACUUUGAGAUCCUUGAAUCUCCACUUGUAUUUGCUUUGAUUUGA